GAAAAACCCGAUUUACAGACAAACCGCAUCUGCUUAUCUACAGAUGCGUUAUCGCGGGCUAAGACAUACGACGGCUUCCCAUGGUAAUGUCUAGCAUUCCCGAGAGGUAACGAGGAGGUCACGGAAGUUAAUUUAAGGGUCUUAAGGGUCGUCAUAGGUUGUGCUUACACCGUCGGAAUAUUUAGUUUAUGUAUUUUGCGGAAUACUGUCAGUUGUUAAGUUUUAACAAAGAAUGUGCUUUUACACAUUACACUAAUUACAUUAAUUGUAAGUGGUUACAUUUCAGAACGACGGAUAUACCAUGUAUGACGUAAAAUGAACCACCGUUGAUUUCUCACGUGAUAAUAAAAGGUUCUGUGGAGAGCACCGGACAUAAAAAUAUAAUGUGCGUGGAUUAAUUGAUGUGAAUUUCUGGUUUUCAUUGUCAGGACCUGCUUCCCGUGACUUCCGUAUAUAAAUAGUGUCUUCAAAGAGUAAUUGCCUCGUACUGAAUGCUCUUACAGCAAUUUUUAAAAGCUCUGUGUGAAUCGUAAAACGCUUCCGCUUUUUUUCAGUUUACAAAACGCGUCCGAGCUAAAAAUCAGUUAAUACUAUAAACGAAGACGCACUUCGAUCGCGUCGGUGGUAGUUAAUCUUUAUGUUUAUAAUAUAAUAAUAAACUAUAAAUGUAUACAUAUUUUUUAUGAGACCAAGUUGACGAUAAUAAUUUUAUAUUCAUUUUCCGAAGAAUUAAGUGACUGUAGCGAAUUCUCAUUCUUGGUGAAAAUAAACGCCUAUCGUUAUCGUAACUUUUCGCUCAGAUACUGUUUUGUCUGCUGUAAAUACUUACUCUCGGUGACAAACGCUGCCGGUUCCCGCGCCGUUUUUUGGCGGCCUGUGACUAAAGCGUCUGCUGUGCUAUUCUCGGUUACUUGACUGGACGCAACAUCACCAUGACUACCACGUUUUCCGCCCUGGAUUACUGCCUGUUCGUCGCGGUACUUCUCGUCUCCGCCAUCGUGGGUGUCUACUACAUGCUUAAGGAAAGAUGGGCCGCAAAACAAGCGACCAGCGACGACCUCCUGAUGGGAGGGCGCCAGAUGGCGGUUUUUCCGGUGGCGAUGUCGCUGAUCGCCAGCUAUAUGUCGGCGAUCACGGUUCUCGGCAUCCCGACGGAGAUGUACGUAUUUGGUUCCCAGUACUGGCUUGUGGCUCUGUCCGGAAUCCUCACGUAUCCGGUCACGUGUCACGUGUUCCUUCCAUUCUUCCAUAAGAUGCAUCUGAACAGCGCGUACCAGUACCUAGAAAUACGCUUCAGUCCGACGACAAGAUAUUUAGCGUCCAUAAUCUUCUCGGUCGAAAUGAUACUGUACAUGGCUGUUGUCCUGUAUGCCCCGGCACUGGCUCUUAACGAAGUGACCGGCCUCUCUCUGUGGGGAUCCAUUCUGGCUGUGGGCGUCGUGGUCACGUUCUACACCUCCAUGGGAGGCUUGCGGGCGGUGCUAUGGACGGACACGUUCCAGACCCUGGUGGUGAUAUUCGGCCUUAUCGGCAUCAUCGGUAUAGGUUCGAGCCAGCUUGGAGGCCUAGGGCGGGUCUGGAACAUCGCCAGUGAGGGAGGCCGCAUUAACUUCUGGAACUUCAGCAUAAGCCCGUUCGAGCGCUGCACUUUCUGGGGUCUAACCGUUGGCAGUUUCAUCGGUCAGCUGACCAUCUACGGGGCCAAUCAGACCAUGCUUCAGCGCUAUAUGAGCAUCAGCGACGUCCGCAAGUCCCAACUCGCCCUUUACGUGAGUCUUCCAGUCACCAUCGGUCUAGUAACCUUGGUGUGCAUUUCCGGUCUCGUGAUAUACGCUGCCUACCACACAUGUGACCCGUUUCUGGCCGGUGAGCUAAUUUCUAGGGACCAGCUAUUGCCCUACUACGUGAUGGAGACGCUGGGCUCGAUCCCCGGGGUUCCGGGGCUAUUUGUGGCCUGUAUUUUCAGUGCAGCUCUCAGCUCGAUUUCCUCGUGUCUGAACGCGCUGUCGAUCACGCUGCUCGAGGACCUAAUCAAGCCCGCUCUGCACAUGCGCAGAAGCGCUCUGACGGCUCAAGCGGAGACUAAACUAGCCAAACUUUUGGGUGCAGCAGGUGGCUUGGUUGUCAUUGGUUUCGCCUUUCUGUCUACAAUACUUGGAACCACUGUGCUGCAGAUUAUGAUCAGUGUUCUUGGUAUGGCUGGAGGACCGCUGCUGGGUCUCUUCCUCAUGGGGAUGUUUAUGCCCUGCGUCAACUCCAAGGGAGCCGUGAGUGGUCUCGUUGUCAGCACAAUUGUCAUAUUCUGGAUUGUGAUUGGCUCAUACAUUUACCAAGCGCCUCAACCAGAGCUCUCGUUAACCACGUCUGGUUGCGUGACCAGCCCCGUUGCGCAUUUACUAAGCGACUACCGUGUGAACGAGCUUGAUUUACUGCACCACAGCACUAUGGGCGACAUGCAAGGCACCUCUAUACCAUCUUUGUAUAGUGAAUGGGUCGGUUUGAAGAGGAUCUACACGCUUUCCUUUCUCUGGUACCCCACGCUAGCGAUCUGUGUCGCCAUAGUGGUCGGGGUGUUUGUAAGCUGGGCCACAGGUUGGACGUCUUCGUCGAAGCCGGUAAGUCAGCAGUACGUAUAUCCGGUUUCCCAGAAAUGUCUCGGCUGGAUCCCGGCCUGCUUUAGGCGCUUUCUUCAGUGCGACACCUGGUGGACAUUUAAUAUCCGAAGCGCGGACAGCAUGCUGACCGAUGACGAAUCCAGUGAGGACGAGCUUGGAGUCGAACCGCGCAUGCGCAUAGCAUUCAAGAAAUUGCCUAGUUCAUCUGCACACAAGGGGAAGUCAAUGAGCCGUUUGGAUGAAAGCAGUGUUUAAAGAUGAAGAAUACAUUAAGACGUUUCUUUACAAUUUAUACCGAAGGCUAAGGCUCCCGCGGAGACGUGAUGUUACGCGUGUAAAGUAUAAACAUUUAAUGGAUGAGUCUUUUGUCAAGUUCAUGAACAUGUUAUUAUUGAUAUGGGACACAUUUCACAGGCCCAUGUGAAUUAUUUUACGUGUGACAACUGCAACCCUUUAUCGUUCGAAUGCUACAUGUCAAGUAACAUAGAAUGUUAUAUAAUAUUUAUUUGAUAUGCAUAUGUAAAAAUGUUUAAUCGGAAAAAGAAAACUGUAAGUAAUUUACAUUAUAUUAAAAUAUUGAUUUUCAGUACACGAAUUGAGUUCGCAUAUCCAUACAAAAUGAUUGUUUCUCCGUGCAUUUAUCUUGACGAUUGGUUUAUAUAUGGAGCAAAUUAAUCAACAUAAGUUCGAUUUCUAUUGAAAGACUGCACAUAAUUCUGAACAAUUGUUACAUCAAAUAAUAUUUUAUUCACAUGAUAGAUUUAUUCUUUUGUUUAUCAUUUAUUAUAUAAGAAGACAUACAAGAGCGGCAGUGCAAUUUAUUGACAUAAACUUUACAGCUUUUUGCAAUGUGUACAUUGUUUCACAUAUAUCUAUGUAUAGUGUAUUAUAACUUGAUUACGAAUUCGUGAAGCUCAUUGUUUAUGUUCACAUAUAUGUUUUUCACAUAUGACAUAACAUGCACAUAUAUGGCUAUACUUUUGCUCGACUAACAUAUGCAGAUAAUGAAUACCAUAACUCUAAUGGUUUUAUUUAAAAAAAACACGGAAGAUAAAAACCAUAACCAUAGUACAGUUAUUAAAAUGUCAUACAAGUUGAGUUGAUGUGCAAACAUACUAGAUACAAGGAAAUUAAGUAUUUAAUGAUCGAACAACUAUAUACAGGGCGAAUCAACGUUUGUCUAUGAGUCGAUAAUAAUUACGUAAGUUAAAAUAGGAACGUACGUUUUUUUUUUAAAUCAUGAAUUCAAUACAUUCAAAUAUAAGUGGUAUUUACUUAGAGUACGCUUUCAUAAAUUCUUUUCGCUGCCAAAUUAAGACUUUGCAUAUCAUAAUAAAAUGGUUUUCUUCUUCAGUAUCUGUAGCAUGAUAUUUUGAUCUACUUGUUUCCAUGGCUAAUUUGUGAGACGACAAUCGUAAUAUUUAAAGACAAAUUCUCUCUUUGUUUAACAAACUAUCAAAUUAGGUUAACAGUUUUACGUACGUUCAAAUAGAAUGUUGUUCAUUUAUGACAGGCAAUAAUAAAUUGACUUGAGCCAACAUUGUUGAAAAAUAUACCUACUACCGUAGAUUUAAAAUCUAUAUUGAAUGUAUCUAGAUUGACACAGCAGAUGAGUAUUCAACAUGUUUGAAAAACCGUAACCAUUCAACAGUUUGUUUACAUUUAGAGCAAAAUUGAUUUUUUGCAAUGUUUCAAAUAUGCUCAUACAAUUGAUUGUGUUACUUGAAAGUAUUGUUUUACACCAUAACUUUAUUAUACGUACGUAACUGCUUAUGUAAAGUGGAAAUAUUUCUAGUUUCCAAUAUACUGACCACCCCCCAUCA